CUCGCUGCGCGCAAGCACACGUUGUUUGCCGGUUUUAGUAUUUAGCUUAUUGUUAUUUUUUUUUACUAAUAUAUUUUUAUUAUUACCGCCAAAAUGGCGUCAGCCGUGAUCAAGUUCAGUGCCAUAUUUAUGUUAAUUUGCCUGUGCGCCGCUGAUGUGUCUGAGCUCCCAGGAGUGAAGAAGCUAGGCGCGGCGCCCGUGACCGAAGUGUGCUUGGGAUGCAUCUGCCAGGCUGUAUCAGGGUGCAAGCAGGGCACACAGUGCGAGGGCGACCACUGCGGCUUGUUCCACAUCACGUGGCCUUAUUGGGCCGAUGCCGGGAAACCCACCAUCAACGGACUCUCUCCCGAAGAUCCGCAAGCAUACCCAUCGUGCACCAACGACCCUUACUGCGCUGCUCUGGCGGUCCAGGGCUACAUGGCUAAAUACGGACAGGACUGCAACGGUGAUGGCCAGAUCAACUGCUACGAUUACAUGGCCAUCCACAAGAAGGGUGGAUACGGGUGUGCAGGUGACCUGCCGUUUGAUUACGUCAACAAGUUCAACCAAUGCGUGGCGGCUGUCGCGGCACACCAGGGAUAAACUUAACUUUCAACAAUCUAUCAACAAAUCAAAUAAUGAUAUCAUAUAUUCUGUUAAAAAGACUCCCUUCUAAAACUGACUGUGUGUGAGUCCUUUGACAGUUUUGUAAUUACUUAUACUAAGAAAAAAAUUUCAUUCAUAUUAAGACUCGUUUAAUUAAAGUUAACUGAGAACUAAAUCAUAAGAACCUAUCUUAUGCUUUAAUUCUAAUAUCUUUGAUUUCCUUUUUAUUUUUUGUACAACUUUUUAUAUACUUUUCUUCUUUAUAAAAUUGAAUUGAAUCUUUGAAUUGUAUUUGAAAUACUCAAUGUCUCUUUUUCUUUUUGUUCACAAAGCUUAAAUUAUGAAAUAAUAUUCUUUCUGUGACGAAUUGGAGAAUUUUCAAUAACUCUGCAUUUUACUUCAAGUAAGAACACUAGUCUUAGUUAAAAUAAGAUUGUGAAAUUAAAACUUAACGUAUGAAACAUCAAAAUAAAUUAUAUAAAAAAUAAAGGCAUGUUUUUAUUGUGGAAUCCUAGCAGAAAACAAAGCAUUUUUUAUUUCAGAACAUAUAUCCUGUAAAGUCAGUAAAGUAAUUUGCCGAAAUAUAUGUACGCACUUUUCAUUAUUUACUAUCUAGUCUAGAUAGUCACCUUGUAAACACGACGAUAAUUCAUCUCCACAUUGAUCAUUUAGUAACUCGCUAUUUUAAGUCUUUUAGUUUCAUAAUAGGUAAUUGCAGUUACCUGGAAUAUUGCUCGCCAGUGUGGAAUCCGCAUUACGAUGUGUACUCAAAACGAAUAGAACUAGUCCGAAAACGCUUCUUGUGGCAUUUGUCUUUCCAGCAUCAUCUUGCUAAAAAAAUGCCUAGUUAUGAGGAACGGCUGCGACAUUUCAGGAUGAGCAAGUUGGAAACCAUUUUUGGAUCUCAUGUUUUUAUUUAAUGUUGUAAAUAACAGUCCUGAUGUUGAUGAUAAUGUUGAUGAUGAUGAUGAAGCGAUUGAUGAUAACAAUAAUUAAUAAUACUUAAUGUUUAAAAUAAUGAUGCUGCUAAUAAUACUGUACUUUAAUUUUUCAUAAAAAAAAACAAAAAAAGGAAUUCUAAUAUUGGGCCUUCUUUUUUUAUUUAUUUAAACAAUUUUCAUGAAGCUACAUGCAUGCCAUUUCGCAUUUCAGCUUACAAUAGUAUCUAUUAACAAAAUACAAAGCGGCACGCAGGAAGAGGUCACGCACGGCAUUUUUCAGUUUUUUUUUUCAAUUGAGAAAUUGAUGUUUAUUCUAUUUUUUCACAAUUUUGUAUAUUGGGCUAUAGCUACAUGCAUGCCAUUUACAUUCAUGCUUAAAAUAAUGUAAAUUCACGAAGUACAAAACGGCAUGCAAAAACAAGUCACCUAAAUUUGCAGUGUGUUUUUCAUCACGCAUGCCUCAAUUUUGCAACAUCCUGGUGUGCAUGCCAAUUUUCCUACUAUUAAUUAAUGAUACAAAUUAAGUAUCCUUUCAAUGGCAUGCAGUUUAGAAUCACGGAAAAUCUGUGUUCAAAUUUUACAGAGUUAUCCGGAAAUUUACCACUGUUGGUAUGACCAAGGGGUGCAUGCCAAUUUUUCCAGAGUGUUUUUAUUACAAAACCUUCCAUUCGGCAUGCAAUUUCAAAACACGGAAUUGCCCUUUAAUUUUGUUCAGGUUUUCAGAAUCCUAUCAUCAUCUUGGGCCACUGCGGAGUGCAUGCCAUAAAUUAUUAUAGCUUUAAUUUGUUUAAACUUCCGUAUAUUACAAUGGCAUGCAGUAUACUAUCACAGAAAAAUACAAAAUCCGCUACACAAAGAAAAGCGCUUUUCCUUAUGAAGAGGACGCGCGGGGGGCUAAAACCCCGA